GGCUCGAAAUAAACCUAUCGUGGACACUGCAGGCACAACAUACACGUCAAGUUAUUAAGAAAGCAAAUUACACCCGAUGAGUCGACUUCAAUGCUUUUGAAUGAUAAACGAGAGACGGAACAACUACGAAAACUAACUAGUCACGGAAGAGAAAUGGCUGCCCUAGCUGUGGUGGAGACACCGUCCGGGAAAGAUGCAAUUGCAGAAGGACUGCUUGACCUCUUGAAACCAGCUGUCCAGCAGCUUGAUCUUCAUGUACACUCAGUGAGGGAAAGCCAGGUGGAACUACGAGAACACAUAGACAAUCUAGCCACAGAGUUGUGCAGGAUAAAUGAACACCAGAAGGUGGUGCUAGACCUGGACCCCUAUGUGAAAAAGCUGCUGAAUGCGAGACGCAGGGUGGUGCUGGUCAACAACAUACUACAGAAUGCACAGGAACGGCUGCGACGGCUCAAUCACAACGUCGCCAAGGAGACGGCGCGUCGAAAGACCAUGCUGGAGACCUCUGGAGCGUUCACUCCUCGGUCGCCUAGUAAACCAUGACCACUGCCCCACUCCUCAGCCUGGAACAAACUGCUUAAAAACAACACAGCUUGUCUGCCUGUGUCCACUGGGGUUGGGUGGUAUCCAGAUGUUCAUACCUUCAUACCGGGGUAUACGGUAUUACCGUCAGUGUGCACAAGGGGCGCUAUUUCUUUUCAAAAUGUAAAACAUGUAUAUAUAUAUAUAUUUUGGGGAGGUUGGGGUUCCAACAAAUGCUAACAAAUUACUAGUGAAUUGCUAACAAGCGCAAGCGAACAUAAACUAAUUGCAAGGACAGACAACCAUCUCAAAAGGCUACUCACAGUUUGCUGCACGUACAAAACUAAUAUUAGACAGCAGAGAUCUUGAUCCAGUAGGGAUUGAUUCUCUGCUGUUACCAAGAAGCUUGAUCUAGCCAUCUUAUAUUUAUAAGCAGUGGCGUAGCAGAUGGCAUUGAAAAUCAUACCAUCUGUAUUUCAAAUACAGUAUAUCGCCCAAGCCUACUCUCCACCCAGGUGGGAUGUACCACUGCAUCAGUGAGAGUGGGGGGAAUUUUCCUUUCCAUUCUCACAGUCUAAGGCUAUACUCAGUUUACCUGCUGAAACCCCAACCUCACCUCUGCUUUGUGCUAUUGUAUCAACGUGUACAUAUCUUGUAUAGUCAUAAACUACUCAUUUACAAUAAGCCAAAGGCAAUUAGAAUCAGGGGUGCUUUGAUUCAAAAACGGACACAACUUGAUACAAUUUUAAGAUUGUGCAAGCUAAAAUCAGAAUUGCAAAUAUAUGUAUAUAUAUUUUUGAAUGCCAUCUGAAGUCAUGCUUUUCACCAUUGCAUAUAUGUACUGCUUUGCUAUGGCCACAAGAGGGCAUGGUUCAUCCUUAACACAUGACACUGUUUGACUAAGGCUUGCCAAUCAAAACCUUGUCACACUAUUUUCACAUAGUUCAUGAAAAUUAAUUAAACAAUUCAUAUAAUAUGUAAAGACAUUGCAACUCAAAUAGGAUUAUGUGUAGAACCAUGGGAGGCUGGUUAUUUUACAUUUUAGUCAUUUAGCAGACGCUCUUAUCCAGAGCGAUUUACAGAGUUCAUACAUUAAAAAAAAA